UAUAAUUACGAGUCUAUAGAUUAGCCAAUAGUGUGCGGAUUGAGAGGUGUUUGCGAUUAACACUGAAUUGAAUACAAAAAUCCAAUUAUUGUCUCAUUUAUCGCAUAAUCGCAUGAAUUGUGUUAUCGCUGAAUGAGAUAUGAAGUGCGAGUCGUUGUGAAGCACUGGUAGUCUAUUGGGAGUCAAUACAACCCCUCAUUGUAUGACAAACCCAGUGCUCAACCAUUUGUCGCACUCUUAUUCCUAACAUACUUUUUAUUCCUCGGCAGCGGUCUUACCAUUUGAAGCCAUUAGCCAUUCAUACGAUUACCGGACGCACAGACACAUAGACACCAGUCCUCCAUAAUGUCAGCGCCUAAGGAUAGGAUCAACACUAUUGCCAGACAUCUGCAGACAAACGCCGACCAAUUGUCCACAUCAUCCAUACCUAAGAAAAGGGAGUCGUUACUCAAGUGGAACGGAUGGGGAUAUAAGGACUCGAAGUUCGAGUUCGACGAGAAGAACCACAUGUUCUCCUUCACAGGGGAACGGUAUCGCAUCGGGAGUCAGAAUUUGCCACUUUUUAGUCAAUGGGUUGAGUCGGCGCUGGGCGUCGACCUCAAGAAGCGCUUCUACUCACAGUCGGAGUCGGAAGCACUGGAUUUGCCAAAACCUAUAGUCAACGAACAACUGAUGAACGAUCUCUUGAAGACAUCGAUCGCCCACUCGUUCGACCCGUCGGACCGACUGUUCCGCAGUCACGGCCACACUCUUCAUGAGAUCUUUACACUCCGUGGCGACCGAUUCAAGAGAGUCCCCGAUCUCGUGGUUUGGACCAAAUGUCACGAAGAGGUGGUGACUAUAGUGAAGUUGGCCACGGAUUACGACGUUGUGGUCAUACCAUUCGGCGGCGGAACCAGCGUUUCGGGUGCUCUUCAGUGCCCGGAGAAUGAGAACCGAAUGAUCAUCUCAUUGGACACCUCGCAGAUGAACCGUGUCUUGUGGGUCGACCACCAGAACCUGACGGCUCACAUCGAGUCCGGUAUAUUCGGUCAGGACUUGGAGCGCGAGUUAGCCAAACACGGCCUCUGCACCGGACACGAACCCGACUCCUAUGAGUUCAGUUCAUUGGGGGGAUGGGUGGCCACCCGGGCCUCCGGUAUGAAGAAAAACAUUUACGGCAACAUUGAGGACCUACUGGUGCACGUCAAGAUGGUCACCCCUAAGGGCACUGUCGAGCGCAACUGUCAGGUGCCCCGCAUAUCCUCCGGUCCCGACAUUCAUCACUUCAUUCUGGGUUCGGAGGGAACGCUGGGAGUGAUCACUGAAGUGACACUUAAGGUGCGCCCACAGCCCGAGUGCCAGAAGUACGGGUCGAUUAUAUUCCCGGACUUCGAGACCGGCGUUAAGUUCAUGCGUGAAGUGGCCCGACAUCAGCUCAAACCAGCAUCAGUUCGGCUCAUGGAUAACGAACAGUUCAUUUUCGGUCAAGCUCUAAAACCUGGCGCCGCGUCUAUACUCCAGUCAAUAGUCGACGGCUUUAAGAAGUUUUAUGUGACAAAAGUGAAGGGCUUUGAUGUGAACCACAUGUGUGUCUCCACUCUACUUAUGGAAGGCAACAAAGAGGUGAGUGUUGUGUUUGUGGUGAUGAUUAAGACAUUGACUUAUCCAUCGAUUGUUCAGGACGUCGAACGCCUCGAAGAGAGAAUAAUAGCGAUUGCGGAACAAUUGGGAGGAAUGUCUGCGGGCGAAGAGAAUGGACGGCGAGGAUAUUUGUUGACAUUCGUGAUCGCAUACAUUCGGGAUUUGGGAUUAGAUUACGGAGUAGUGUCCGAGUCGUUCGAGACAUCUGUGCCAUGGGAUCGGUGUCUGGAUUUGUGUCGAAACGUUAAGGAAAGGCUGCGAAACGAAGUGAAGAAAUACGUGACGAGUAAACCGGCGCUCAUCACCUGUCGGGUCACUCAGACAUACGAUGCGGGCGCCUGUGUUUACUUCUACUUCGCGUUCAACUAUCAGGACGGCAUCGCCGGUGGAGAUCCGGUCCACGUCUACGAGACUAUUGAGUCCUCGGCCAGGGAUGAGAUAAUCGCCAGCGGCGGCAGUAUAUCCCAUCAUCACGGAGUCGGUAAGAUCCGGAAGCAGUGGUUGGAACAGACAGUGUCUAACGUAGGGCUGGGAAUGCUUAAGGCUGUCAAACAGUAUGUCGACCCCAGCAACAUCUUCGCCAAUGGAAACCUCAUGAGUUGAUCGCUGAUGGAAACACACGCUGUCAUCGAAUGUCACAAACCAUUCAAGUCUUUGAGAUAACGAAUCAAUUUUACCACUAAUUUAUUGUAAUCACGAAAACAUUUCUAGUUUUUUGUACAACAUUUUGAUAAUCAAUUAAGUCUUAAGUAUUGGAAAUUUUGUUAGUCAUUGUUUUUAGUUCCUA